CCCCACCCUGUCCCCCUUCCCCGACUUGGAAGGCUGUAGGUUGACACUUGUGCGACCCCGCCAAGGAGCUGAGUCCCCGUGUAGACCCGGGUGGGGGGGUAUUUAACUCUGUAGUGUGCAGAGGGUUUCUGGUCCUGCUGGAGGUGGCGGCGGUAUCGAUUCGCGAUGAGGACACGAAGCCGAAGGGCGACGGCGGGUCACUGAGCUGAGAGCCCUCUUGUCUUAUUUUUAGUCCGGAAGAGUGGGGGCUGGGGGCGGAGUGCUGAGCCCGAGUUCCAGUGCCUCGGGUUUCAGCUGUUCCAGGCAUCCUGUCACUUGGCAUCUGAGCCCAGGCACCCGGAGCAGAGCCCCGGGCAGACGUCCUUGGUGCCCACUUUGGCUCGAGCUUGGUCAUCUGCUCAAGCGUCUCCCAGGUAUAGGACUGGCUCAAGCUUGCCCCUUGGUCGCACACCUCCUCGCUCAAGGACUGCACCCAUGCCCCAGCACCUGAAGCUGGGCCCGAGGACUGGCCCAGGGAGAGGCAGACCAUGGCAGAGUUCACCCAGAAGCGGGGGAAGUGGCAUGAUGAUGAGGUGCUGGGCAACGCUGUGGACUUCCUCCUGGCCAAUGCCCGCCUAGUGCUGGGUGUGGGUGGGGCUGCCGUGCUGGGCAUUGCCACCCUGGCUGUGAAGCGGCUCAUCGACAGGGCCACCAGCCCGAGGGAUGAGGACGACGCCAAGGGGGACACCACGCGCCUGGAGGACAGCUGGAAGGAACUGAGCCUGCUCAAGCCCACGCCACGCCUACAGCCCCGGCCUCCCCCUGCUGCCCUCAGCCAGCCCGUGUCACUCCCAAGCCCCGCAUCCUCUGCCCCAGGGAGGCCCAGAAAUGCCGUUCCGCAGACGUCACCUCAUCUUCGCUUCCCAGCACCACCGUGCCUGACGUUCCAGGAGAAGCUGCUGGCAUUUGAGCGGGACCAUGUGGCCACCCCAGCUUCCCAUGUUGCUCUGGCCAAGCAGCUUGCUGGUGACAUUGCCCUUGAAUUGCAGGCCUACUUUCGGAGCAAGUUCCCAGAAUUGCCCUUUGGGGCACUGGUGCCCAGUGGUCCACUCUACGAUGGGCUGCAGGCAGGAGCCGCUGACGAUGUGCGUAUCCUGGUGCCCCUGAUGCUGGAGCCAGGUCUGUGGAGCCUGUUGCCUGGCCUGGACACUGUGGCCAGGGACCCUCGCUGCUGGGCUGUGCGCAGGACUCAGCUCGAGUUCCGCCCCCGGGGGAGCAGCCCCUGGGACCGCUUCCUGAUCGGUGGCUAUCUCUCCUCCCGCGUCCUGCUGGAGCUGCUCCGCAAGGUGCUGGCUGCCUCCGUCAACUGGCCGGCCAUUGGCGGCCUCCUCGGGUGCCUGAUCCGGCCCAGUGUGGCCUCAGAGGAGCUGUUGCUCGAGGUGCAGCAUGAGCACCUGGAACUCACUAUCGCUGUGCUCUUGGCCGUCACUAGCACCAGCGUCGAAGACGGCCUCCUUCUGGCCUGGCCCCUGGAGGGGAUGGCAGGGAACCUCUGGCUGCAGGACCUGUACCCGGCAGAGGCUGCCAGGCUUCGGGCUUUGGAUGAGCGCGAUGCUGGGGCCCGGCGGCGGCUGCUGCUGCUGCUGUGUAGUAUCUGUCGUGGCCACCCAGCUCUGGGCCGGCUGGGUCGGGGCCACCUGACCCAAGUGGUUCUGCGUUUGGGGGAAGAGGAGAUGGACUGGGCCGAGGGGGCCUUGAGGGAGCGUUUCAUGCAGGCCCUGGAGCUGCUCAUUGGAAGCCUGGAGCAUGCCAACCUGCCCUGUCACUUCAACCCGGGUGUGAACCUCUUCGGCAGCCUGCGGGAGGUAGAGAUCGAUGACAUCGGCUACGCGCUGUACAGCGGCCUGCAAGCCCCGGAGGGGCUGCUCUAAGGUGGGGACAGGGAGGCCAGCCUGUGUUCUGAUGCUGGCGAGCUGUGCACACUCCUUCCAGGGGUUUGGAGAGCACAUUUUUUUUCCUUCUUGCUUUUAGCCAGAAUAAAUGAGGGUGUGCUACGUAAGCCCACAGGAUUAGCAUGAGCUGAGGGUGAGUCAGUGGAGCCCUGGGCCUGGAGAGCUUGGGUUGCUGUCACCUAAGUGCACCUGGGCUGCCACCUAGGCAACCUGGAAGUCUGGCCGCCCACACUUGCCUCCCAGCCCUGUGGCCUCAGGACCCUGGGCUCUGUCAGUUGCCACCAGCAGAGAACCACUGACAGAACAUGACUUCUGCUGCCUUCAGUUUUCAUUUGAGAAGGUGGGUUAAUGCUUCCUCAGGUGCCAGCUCCUGGUCACUCAUGGCCCUGGUGCUGAAUGGUAAAUACCACGUUUGAUUCACCCCCGAGGGCCAGAGUCACCUAGUACCCCUAGGAUGCAGCGUUUUGGCUGAUUCAGCUGAAGACUGGCAUUUUCCAAGGGCAUCUGUCUGGUUUGCUUGUCAAGCUCUUUAGGCUAGAGCUGGCACUCAGCCUGACAUGCUGCCUACCUCCUACCUCGGGGGAAGGCCCCUCUCCCUCCAGUAGGGCGUUUCUUUUGGGCAGCAGUUUCCUGGAAGGGCCCCCUUGCCCUGAGCCUAGAGUCCCACCGGCUGCUAGUGGGCUGGAGAAGAGGCUGCACCCUCCGGGGAAGGCCUGGUGGGCAAGGGCAGCCUCCAUGGUGCCAACAGAACUGCGCUGUGUGCUCACACCUGGCAGAGGUGGGGGAAGGGAGGAGGCUGCACCUGCCCUUCCAGGUGUCCCUAUCUUUGGUAGCCUUCCUGCCGAAGCAAAGCUAUGCCUCAGAGAAUGUGAAUGCGAAUAAAAGGGAAAAAA